AUGCGGCUCGUCUGUUUGCUUUUGCUUAUUCUGGGUGCUGCUUCGUGUGGAAAGAUUGUUAGCGUUCAGGAUUCUGUAAAACUUACGGGGAAUCGAUGGAGUGCGGCUUGUGGUUUGCGUGGACCUCAUCCGGAACCAUUGGAGAAUUACCUUGAUGUAGCGCAAUAUUAUGGCGAGAUAGAACUGGGCACUCCUGGUCAGAAGUUUAUGGUCGUUUUUGACACUGGCUCUUCAAAUCUUUGGGUUCCGUCGAAGAAAUGCAGCUGGUUCGACAUUGCCUGCUGGGUGCACAACAAGUACGAUAGUAGAAAAUCAACCACAUAUAAGGCAAAUGGAACGGAUUUCGCAAUUGAGUAUGGAACUGGCAGUCUCACUGGCUUUCUCAGCACGGAUACUAUCAGGUUGUCCGACAUUCAAGCGCCAGAUCAGACUUUUGCAGAGGCUACUAAGCAGCCCGGAAUUGUGUUUGUGAUGGCUAAAUUCGAUGGCAUCUUGGGAAUGGCUUUUAGUUCCAUUUCCGUAGACAACGUUGAGCCUGUUUUCUAUAACCUCGUCCGCAGGAAACUUAUUGCUGAGCCCAUAUUCGCCUUUUAUCUAGAUAGAAACGAAACCGACGUUGCAGGAGGAGAACUAAUGCUCGGUGGUUAUGACGAGUCUUACGUCGAUGGUCCCAUCACAUAUACUCCAGUCACACGUGAGGCCUACUGGGAAUUCCGUGCUCAGGGAAUUGAAGUCGACGGUAAGGUCUUGUGCGAAGAUGGCUGCGACGCGAUUGCGGACACGGGCACCUCAUUAAUUGUUGGUCCCACCGAGUCGAUCCGUCGUCUGGCCGAAGCCACAAACGCUCGACCGCUUCCUGGAGGUACUUAUUUCGUUUUUUGUGACUCUGUCUCCUCCCUACCUCCUAUCACUAUUACGAUUGAGUCUGUGAACUUCACGCUUACUCACGACGACUACAUCCUCAGGGUGUCUCAAUUCGGUCAUGAAAUGUGCUUACUUGGGUUUAUGGGAUUAGACAUUCCCAAUCAUCCAAUAUGGAUUCUUGGAGACGUUUUCAUUGGCAAGUACUACAGCAUCUUCGAUCUGGGUCAGAAGCGUAUUGGCUUUGCGCCAGCAAAGAAACAACCGCCAAAGUUUUCACAACCCGUCUUUCUGCCCUUCGCCAGCGAUAAUCUCCGCACCGUGGUUCCUAUGACUCGACUUAUACCCGCCCAGCCGAUCUAUAGCUAA